AUGAACGGUCAAACGGUCGCAGAGUCCUCUUCGAGGUCGAAAGCCAGGUCAAAACGGUCCCAGCCGUUGGCAAGUGCCUCGUCAAAGACUCUAUUUACACCGGUGUUCUAUGACUCGUCAGAGCCAGGCCCGUCUUCGAGGUCGUCCAAUGACCAAAAUGGCCUCCAGGGCGCGUCGUCGAACCUCAGCGACGCGACGAUGAAGAGACUCCAAGAACUCUCCCGGAUGCACGUCGCGUUGUCCCAGUCCGUCCCUGAAGUUCCAGCUUCAGACUGCGGUUCUCCUCGACCAAGCACGCCUCCAGGGAAAGAAAAGGCUCGAGAAUUGUCGCCUGAAGCCUUGGACGACCUGCGGGCUGGAAUCGAGUCACCGGUGGCCCAAAAUCCUCGCAUCCGGAACCUACGAAAGAAGAUUGUUGCUGCCUUGGAAGACUGCAAUUACGAUUCGAGCAACGGGAAGUGGGCUAUUUUGCCUUCGCUAGUCAAGAUUGGGGUUAUCUCUGGAGGUGCGCGGUGGGUUGGUGCGCGAGGGGAUGACCCCAAAGGAACGACGUCCAUUUACGACAAUGUGGAAUGGUGCAACGCUGAAACCGAAGAGGAGUGGUUCCAAUGGGAGAGGAAGUUUGAGAACGAGAUGAAGUUGAGAAGUCGCGUCGAGAGGUGGAAACAGGGCAUAGUCGCAGGUGCCCCAGAAGACGAAGAGGGUGAAGUUGCUGUCGCUGAAGAGUCUAUGGAGCAAUCAUCACCACAAGAUGUGUCUGUGGAAGCACACGAUCAAGCCUCAACCAAGACAAAGGACGUUCCCGCUCAGAAGAAAGGCAAAGCUCCUGCCACUGUGGCAUCCAAACGUGUUGUUAACCGCAAGAGUCUCAUCGACGACCCCCUCAAAUCUUCCUCUCCCCUCGGAUUCGCCAUGGGCAAGCGAAGCGCUGCCGCUCGACUCGCGGCCUCGAAACCUCCAUUGAGGCCCAUCCCCACCAACCCUUCGGACCUGGGCGACCAACAAUCGCACCAGCGCAACACUCAACCAGACCGCACCACCCAGGAGCGUGCAGCAUCCGCCAAUAACUUUGAGAUACCUGUCAAGCGAAUCGGGGACUUGUCUACCUCAGAUUUUUCUUUCCAUCCACCGUCGUUCCCUUCAUCCCAAUUGGUUACUUCCACGCCCAAGCAGGAUACACUUGGCGUCCAUGUUCCUCCACCGCCCUCCAGUUCCCCACUGCCACCCUUAACUUCAACACCGGCCCUACCUGCCUCUCCAAAAUCACAACAAGCCCAUUUGUCUCCGCCUCAAACUCCCCGCCGUUCUGUUGGAGACGCCUCCUUUCCCAUUACCAACUCGCCGUCUUCGCCCUCAGUGAUCAGGACAUACGGCAAAAGCACAAGGACGCCUCUCACUCCACAAUCCGGCUCCAGGCAUAACUUGGACAAAUCAUCUUCCAUGCCGGUGAUCUCGCAUGGGUCUCCUAUGCAGGUUUCGCCUCUUCGGAAGGCUGAUUCGGCUGUGGUCGGUGCCCUACAGCCAUCCACUUCUCCGCUAAGAGCUGCGUUCCUACAUGAAAGUGUGACGAGCAACGCUCUUGGCAAGCGAAAGCUGGAUGAGCUGGCUUCACCUGGAGACCCGGACGUUGGGAAGAAAGCUCGUUUGGAUAAUCCCGAAUCGAGAGCGGAGGAAAGUGCCGCCCUUCCCGCCGAUGAAUCCCAGUUUUCGCAAGAUCCUUGGCCGGUGACACCCCGUCGCGACUCGAUGCCCCAGUUUAUCGACCUACUAGCGAGCGCGAAGAAGGACAAGCAGAAAAGGAGGCAGAAGGCUAAAGCUAAGAGGAAGAGCUUGGUCAAACCGGAUACGACGCCUGCCGUCCCCGUCCCCAACACCACUGCCCGUUCACCGUCACCUGCACCAGCUCCAAAAGAGCCCGGACCGCCGCCAGCCAUUGACAGUGCUCCCCAAGAGCCCGAAGAGUCUCAAGACUCUUGGGCUAUCCCAGGGUUGGAAUUGGCGAAGAAGCCGGCCCAGGAACCGGUCGAAAAGGAAGGCCCGCCUGCUACACCCAUGUCCCCGCCUGAAACACCCAAACGACCAUCAGAUACCCAGCAGUCGAAAGACAGUCUGUAUGAUUCGCCGAUGGCAGUUCAACCUCAACCCCAGCCCCAGCCUCCCCCCGAGAAGCCCGUCGUGGAUUUGCAAAUCUCGAAGGAUAGCCUUUACGACACUUCUUCGAUGGCGAUAGCUGAGCCCAAUCCCACUGCUCCGGCUGAACAACAUGUCCCAGUCGUCACCGAAGAUCCUCGACCGCCCGUGGCUUCCACCAGUAGUAAUGAGAUCGAUCUGGACCCCCAGGAAUCCCGAGACAUCGACAUCGAUUUGGAGAAGGACGUUGCGCACCAGCGGGACCUGGAUCUCGAACUGCAACAUAGCGAACCCUUGCCAUUGGAACUCGAGGACGAGUCCAGGGUGUCUCAACAUCCCGACCUGGAGAACCACGAAGCUCACCUCGAACCCGAUGAUGACGACGAACCUCAGCCCCAAUAUGACCUCGGAGAAGAGGAGGAAGACGACGAGGAGGAAGAGGAACCUGAAGAACACCUUGACGUUGUCGUUCCGGUCCGCGACCAUGAGCUCGAGCGGCUCAACCGCGAAAACAUUUAUACGUUUGACGAUGACGAGGACUCGCAGAGUGUCUAUGCGGUCGAUGUGGCGAGUGACGUAGAUCUCGAGUCUCCGACGAAGAGUUUGUCGUCGUUGGCUGGGUCGGAUAGUGAGGACGAAGAGGACGAGCAGGGGAAGGACGCGUUGCCCACAGCCGGUGAUCGUGAUCCCUUUGCAUUCGAUGGGGAAUUCGAUCCCUUGUUUACUUCGACUCAGCAGCAAGCACCUCCAGGGCUCUUCCCCUCCAAAACAUCCUUCCCGACCACACCCGCUCGUGGGAUCUCGAACCUCGACAAGGACACCCCGAACCAGAACCCCGCCGCCCAAGCGCUCUCCCGAUCGCGGUCCAUUGAUCAGAUCACGCCCACUCCCAGUCCGGUAAAGGGACAUCCGCCGAGUAGUGGGUAUGGAUAUGGCUUUGUGGGGGGUUAUAAUUCGCAGUUUGAUGUAAAGGGGAGGGUGGAGGAGGUGGAGAGGCUUUUGGAGAAGGAUGUGAAUUUUGGGAGUUGGUUGAAGUCUUCGCCGGAGGAUGGGGAGGGAGAAGAGGGUGAGGAGGUGGAGGCUUGA